AUGGACACGUCACUGAGCGCGUUGGUCUUCGACGGUGUGCAGGCCGACGUACGGACGCGCGCUGGCGGUAGCGUGUCGAAUGUGUCGAAUGUGGCUUUGUCAACGCUGGCGUCAAACGGAUCGGACGGGUCGGCAGCAGGCUUGCUGCAGGUGUACCCGGUGGCGUCAUUCUCGGGUGUAUGUCGUGGUUCUUUGGUGCUGGUGUUCCGGGAGAAGCGGAAUGCGGCGCAGCGGGUGGAAGUGGUGCGUCCGCUGGCGAUCUCAUGGCGGCGUCGCGACCUGGACCUGUCUGUGGCGCUGCGCUCGAUGGUAUUUGUGAACGAGACGGUAUCGUUGCCGCCGAGGCAAUUAGUGUUUGUGUUUUUGGAUCGCGCGUCUGCGUUGCUGGUCGACGCUCGGCUGGACGUGCAGAGCGUGAGCAUGGCAGUUCCUCGUUGGAGCGACUUCGUGCUGCUGCACCGCGUGAAGAGCGAUGGUGGAUGGCAAGUGUCGGGCGAGUUGCAGUCGAGCGAUGCGAGGUGGCUGAAGACUGCGGAGGUGGUUCUGACGCCGCGCACGGCCAGGUCUCAGACCGUGACGGUGUGGACGAACGUGACACUGGUGGACGCGGUGUCGUUGCGAUCCGUGGUGGUGAGGGUCUCUCACUUGGUCCGGAGCAUGCCGGACCCUCGGUCUCUGGUGUCGACUGUGCUACAGCCGAUCGUGGUGGAGAGCCGGGGGGACGAGGCUGCGUUGGUUUCGAUGGCGGACUUGGGCGCGUUGGGCACGUCGCUGGACAGCUCUGCGGUGUGGUCGGAGUACUGGUCGGUAGACGUGGAAGCUCGCGGGCGCGGCAUGGACACGUCACUGAGCGCGUUGGUCUUCGACGGUGUGCAGGCCGACGUACGGACGCGCGCUGGCGGUAGCGUGUCGAAUGUGGCUUUGUCAACGCUGGCGUCAAACGGAUCGGACGGGUCGGCAGCAGGCUUGCUGCAGGUGUACCCGGUGGCGUCAUUCUCGGGUGUAUACCGUGGUUCUUUGGUGCUGGUGUUCCGGGAGAAGCGGAAUGCGGCGCAGCGGGUGGAAGUGGUGCGUCCGCUGGCGAUUUCAUGGCGGCGUCGCGACCUGGACCUGUCUGUGGCGCUGCGCUCGAUGGUAUUCGUGAACGAGACGGUAUCGUUGCCGCCGAGGCAGUUAGUGUCUGUGGCUUUGGAUCACGCGUCUGCGUUGCUGGUCCGCGCUCGGCUGGACGUGCAGAGCGUGAGCAUGGCAGUUCCUCGUUGGAGCGACUUCGUGCUGCUGCACCGCGUGAAGAGCGAUGGUGGAUGGCAAGUGUCGGGCGAGUUGCAGUCGAGCGAUGCGAGGUGGCUGAAGACUGCGGAGGUGGUUCUGGCGCCGCGCACGGCCAAGUCUCAGACCGUGACGGUGAGGACGAACGUGACACUGGUGGACGCGGUGUCGUCGCAAUCUGUGGUGGUGGAGAUCUCUCACUUGGUCCGGAGCAUACCGGACCCUCGGCCUCUGGUGUCGACUGCACUGCUACAGCCGAUCGUGGUGGAGAGCCGGGAGGACGAGGCUGCGUUGGUUUCGAUGGCGGACUUGGGCGCGUUGGGCACGUCGCUGGACAGCUCUGCGGUGUGGUCGGAGUACUGGUCAGUAGACGUGGAAGUUCGCGGGCGCGACACGGACACGUCACUGAGCGCGUUGGUCUUCGACGGCGUGCAGGCCGACGUACGGACGCGCGCUGGCGGUAGCGUGUCGAAUGUGUCGAAUGUGGCUUUGUCAACGCUGGCGUCAAACGGAUCGGACGGGUCGGCAGCAGGCUUGCUGCAGGUGUACCCGGUGGCGUCAUUCUCGGGUGUAUUCCGUGGUUCUUUGGUGCUGGUGUUCCGGGAGAAGCGGAAUGCGGCGCAGCGGGUGGAAGUGGUGUGUCCGCUGGCGAUCUCAUGGCGGCGUCGCGACCUGGACCUGUCUGUGGCGCUGCGCUCGAUGGUAUUCGUGAACGAGACGGUAUCGUUGCCGCCGAGGCAGUUAGUGUCUGUGGCUUUGGAUCGCGCGUCUGCGUUGCUGGUCGACGCUCGGCUGGACGUGCAGAGCGUGAGCAUGGCAGUUCCUCGUUGGAGCGACUUCGUGCUGCUGCACCGCGUGAAGAGCGAUGGUGGAUGGCAAGUGUCGGGCGAGUUGCAGUCGAGCGAUGCGAGGUGGCUGAAGACUGCGGAGGUGGUUCUGACGCCGCGCACGGCCAGGUCUCAGACCGUGACGGUGUGGACGAACGUGACACUGCGAAGGUCUUCUCGUCCAACAAGUACACUCUGA